GACUGGCCCGAAGAGAGGAAAAGUGUGGAAGUCCACAAGCCGCCCUCGCCCCGCCCUCUUCGUCGACUUUCAGCUGCACCGGGGAGCGGCGGCGCCUGGCCAGAGCCGGGGCCUGGAGUCUGGACGGGACAGCCUCGCCGGCCGGGGCGCCCGUCCAGCGCCCUGCGGGCCAUGGGCUUCAGCGCUCGAGCACGCGCAUGCGCAGGCCUCUAUCUCCAGAGGAUUCCUCGGGUCACCUGGACGCCAGCAUAUCAGCCACCUGCCCCUCUGGGUCCCUUCUUGUCCUUGAUUCCUCCUGCUGGUUUUCAUCGCCAGCCCUCCUCCUCCUCCUCCCGCAGUCACCGCUAGACCCGGCCGCUGCCGCCCGCCGACACCCCAGCUUCAACUGACACGAGCCUCGGCGCGGCUUCCGCUUCCGGCGAGUAUUGUGUGUCGCGCCGCGGGGCGGGGGCGAGGGGAGGAGGAAGGAGGGAGGCAGCGCUCCGGCGGCUCCGCGCCCCGCACUCCCGGACCCGAAGCCGGGAAGAUUCCUUUCUUAUCUAUUAGAAACGUAUGUCAAAUGAGGAUACAGUGGUCUGGAACUAUUGGUUCUAAGAUACAAGUGGAAUGAACCUGAAUCAGGAGAAGUAUGCUGAGCUAGAGUUGAAGGAAGCUUCUCUUUCUAACAAGAGAAAGCAGAGUUAAAUUAUGGCAGAGACAAGUCUGUUAGAGGCUGGGGCCUCUGCAGCCUCUACAGCUGCGGCUUUGGAGAACUUACAGGUGGAGGCAAGCUGCUCUGUGUGCCUGGAGUAUCUGAAGGAACCUGUCAUCAUUGAGUGUGGGCACAACUUCUGCAAAGCUUGCAUCACCCGCUGGUGGGAAGACCUAGAGAGGGACUUCCCUUGUCCUGUCUGUCGAAAGACAUCCCGCUACCGCAGUCUCCGACCUAAUCGGCAACUAGGCAGUAUGGUGGAAAUUGCCAAGCAGCUCCAGGCCGUCAAGCGGAAGAUCCGGGAUGAGAGCCUCUGCCCCCAACACCAUGAGGCCCUCAGCCUUUUCUGUUAUGAGGACCAGGAGGCUGUAUGCUUAAUCUGUGCAAUUUCCCACACCCACCGGGCCCACACCGUUGUGCCACUGGAUGACGCUACACAGGAGUACAAGGAAAAACUGCAGAAGUGUCUGGAGCCCCUGGAACAGAAGCUGCAGGAGAUCACUCGCUGCAAGUCCUCUGAGGAAAAGAAGCCUGGUGAGCUCAAGAGACUAGUGGAAAGUCGCCGACAGCAGAUCUUAAGGGAGUUUGAAGAGCUUCAUAGGCGGCUGGAUGAAGAGCAGCAGGUGUUGCUUUCACGACUAGAAGAAGAGGAACAGGACAUUCUGCAGCGACUCCGAGAAAAUGCUGCCCACCUUGGGGACAAACGCCGUGACCUGGCCCACUUGGCUGCGGAGGUGGAGGGCAAGUGCUUACAGUCGGGCUUCGAGAUGCUUAAGGAUGUCAAAAGUACCCUGGAAAAAUGUGAGAAGGUGAAAACCAUGGAGGUGACUUCAGUAUCCAUAGAGCUGGAAAAGAACUUCAGCAAUUUCCCCCGACAGUACUUUGCCCUAAGGAAAAUCCUUAAACAGCUAAUUGCGGAUGUGACCCUGGACCCUGAGACAGCUCAUCCUAACCUAGUCCUGUCGGAGGAUCGUAAGAGCGUCAAGUUCGUGGAGACAAGACUCCGGGAUCUCCCUGACACACCAAGGCGUUUCACCUUCUAUCCUUGCGUCCUGGCUACUGAGGGUUUCACCUCAGGUCGACACUACUGGGAGGUGGAGGUGGGCGACAAGACCCACUGGGCAGUGGGUGUAUGCCGGGACUCCGUGAGCCGAAAGGGCGAGUUGACUCCACUCCCUGAGACUGGCUACUGGCGGGUGCGGCUAUGGAAUGGGGACAAAUAUGCGGCCACCACCACACCUUUUACCCCUUUGCACAUCAAAGUGAAACCCAAGCGGGUAGGCAUAUUCCUAGACUAUGAGGCCGGCACACUGUCUUUCUACAAUGUCACAGACCGCUCUCAUAUCUAUACCUUCACUGAUACUUUUACUGAGAAACUUUGGCCCCUCUUCUACCCAGGCAUCCGGGCUGGACGGAAGAAUGCUGCACCACUUACCAUCAGGCCCCCAACUGAUUGGGAGUGACAGGUUGGGAUGUGGGAAUAAUUGGGGUGAGGCAGGGUCAAGUGCUACGGGCCUCCUUCCUGUGUCCUGCUGGAACGUCUUCGUGUCCACCUGGUUCCAGUCCUGAAUCAUCAUGGAGAAACACCUCGGUUUCUAGGAUGGUUUUGUGUGGAGGGGGAGGUAGGACUGGGCUGGAUGAGACAGCACAGCUGUGACUCCUAACUGUCAGGGUAGGGAGCUGGUUCCCAGAGGAUUGUCUACCCUGGAGUCCAUCAGGUUUUCUGUUGCACAAGGACGGGUUGGAAAGGAAGGAGAGGCUUUUCCAGAAACAAAAUCUGUGAGGGUCUGACUUGCUCAAACCAGAGGAGGAAACAGAAACCCCUGUACAUCUUUUUAGGGGGUUCUUUGACCCAGGAUAGUCUUGCUUCUUGAGGUAGAUCACAGGGGUCUGUGUACCUCUAAAUUCAAGAAAGAUGAAUGACAGAUGCUCUCAUGGGUCGAGAUGUUGAGGAGUUUUUCUGAGGGCAGAGAUUGGACAUCAGCAAGGCUAGAAGGAAGGUCAGGGAAGUGGGCUAAAGGAACAGAUUCCUAGAGAUUAAGGAAGUGGGGGAGGUUUCUUUGGUCUUCUAUUUUAAAGGUAAGAUUGCCAUUAUGGGUAGGAUUGACCAGAGGUAGGAAUGUGGGGAGAAGAAGAGGUUGAAAGGAAAGCAGAGAACCCAGGUCCCUGCCUCAGCCUUCAGCAGAGUUGGCUUAUUGCCUGCCUCUUUAUACCAAUAAGUCAGUCACUUUGCUCCUCUCCAGGGGCAAGGUGGAAGAGAUCCUGCAAGACACAUCUAUCCUCUCACGGUGUUCCCAAGGGAACUUGGAAAGGUGAGUCAGGUAUUAGAGGAAAGAGAAGGGUAUUUGUAUCCAAAGCCCUGGCCUUAAAGAAUGUUACUAAGUAGCUACCCCCAAAUUGUCAGCCUUGUUACCUGGCCAAGGUGUCCAAGCCAGAAAGGAAGAAAGGUAGUGGAGUCUCUCUCACCCUAAGGACAGUGGGAGAGGGUGGUAUAUAGGGAAGGGCCAGAUAGGCAACUUCCUUUGGCCUGUGUGCAUCUGGCCUGGAACUGGUGUUAACAAAAGCCAGGUUUUUGCUUGUUUGUUGCCAUCCCUCACCCUUUGCCAUUUCCCUUUUCAGAGAAUGUAAAUGAUUUUCAUGUUAGGCCAAAAUAAACAACUUAUAGGGUACAUAUGUUGUCAUAAAAGGUAAAAGUGAUGCAUGCCAAACCAAACUAAACCAAUUUGGAUUAUCUGCUGUUCGGGUAAUCUUCACAGAAAUGACUGAGAGAAGAAUCUGCAGUUUACUGAGGGCAUUUCAGUUCCUCCUACCACCUCAACAGGACUUUGUCCAGACUCUCCUCCUCUUACCUUUGUGCCUUGACUGUGGUUCUUUGUGGCAAGAUACUUUGGUUGGUUAAAAUAAUAUGGAACAAAGGAUCCACUGAAGUGA